UUUCAAUUUUCUCCUCUUCUCCUCCUUAAUUUCAUUAUAAUAAAGUUUCUGAAAUUUUGAUUUUGGAUCUUUAAAACCCCUAAAAUCAAUUUUUUGCAACUCACUGUCUCCCCAUUGUUGCGCUACACAGGUCGAAAGUGGAGAGGAAGAGAAUGGCGGAGAGGCGACGACAACAAGUUUGGGUCAAUCGGAAAGUGAAGAGGGAGGAGUCGAAAGUGGAAAGAGAGGAGUUGGUGAUGACUGGACACAAGCAGAUGAUCAGAAAAAAAUAAAUAAAAAUGGAGGGGGAGUGCUGUGCACAAUUGGGGAGAAAGGAGAGUAUAGAUUUAGAUUGGGGCUGAUUUAGGUUCAUUAAGAUCCGGUUUGACUCAAAUCACAAGUUUUUACUUAGUUUUUUAAUUGGUUUGAGGAUUUCUAAUGGGUUUAAAUUAGUUUAGCACAAAUAAAUGCCACGUGGAAUAAAGUAUAUUAACGUGUUUUAAAAAAAUAUCAUGUAAAAGUGAUUACCUUAGGUUUUGAUAAAAUUGAAGUUGAUAAAUGGUUAAAAUAAAAAAGUUCAAGAAGAUUUUAUGUAUUCGAAUUAUUACAUAAUUACAUAAUGUUAUUUCAAUCUUGGGCAGUUAUCAAACGGAUAAAUAAAAAAAUAAAAAUUAAAGGACUAAAAUUUGCUAAUUUUAAAUAAAUAUAAACCAUCUGAAACCGAAUUAUACAUUAUAUAAAAGACAUCCAUUUGAAACCAGAAGAAAGAGAUAAGAGCUUCAGGAGCGAAACUAUCGACAAUGGCAUCAUUAAUGUCAACACUUGCUCUCUCCGUUACUUCCUCUAAUUUCACGUUCAGUUCCAGUUCAAGUCCUGGAAGACGCAGAACAAUUUCUUUUCCUAUCACUAGAGCAAGCACUCUUGCUGACAGCUCUGCUCUCCUCCAUGCAGCCAAGCACACUGUUGAUUCAUACAUAGAAAGUGGCAUGGUCAUUGGAUUAGGAUCUGGAAAUGCUUCUGGUAUGGCUAUACAAUAUUUGGGUCGACAACUUCGAACAGGUGCUUUAAAAGAUAUAGUAGGCAUACCCAUGUCGGUAGCAAGUGCAAGUGGAGCAGCUAAGGCUGGCAUUCCAUUGGAUCAAUACCAAGAUGGUUCUCAAAUUGAUUUUGCAUUUGAUGAUGCUGAUCUUAUAGAAGAAGAAACACUAAUUGCAGUCAUUGGUCGCCGAAAAUCACAAGUUGAGGAGUCAAUCAUUCAAGAAAAGUCAAUUCUAAAUGCAGCCAAUAAACACGUUUUCAUCAUCCCAGAAAAGCAAUAUAAAGGUGUUAUAGACGGUUCCAUUCCAGUUUUGGUUCAGUCUCUGAACUGGAUGGAAGCUGCUGAAGAGAUCGAUGAUCUAUUUUUGGGUGAUGCAGAGGUAUGGAGGAGACCAUCUAUAGGGGAUGCAGGCCCACUAGGUGGUGACUUUCCUCUUGUUACAAGAGAAGGUCACAAUGUUCUUGAUGUCAUCUUUACAUCUCCAAUACAAAGUCUCGCUGAAGUAGCUAAAAGCCUUGAUAAAGUAGCAGGGGUUGUGGAUCAUGGAAUCAUUUCCAAAUUCCCGUGCAUUGCAGUGAUUGCUUCUGAUAAUGGGCUUUGCAUUGUCAAUAAUCCACCGACAGAUGCAAUGAAGGCUGUCUUGUGAAUGUUACCUCUGAUAUUUUUCCUGUAUUCAAGCUUUUGCAGAGAUUACUAUCAUUUUGUUUCUUUAAGAACAGAGAAUGAAGAAAAGACUUAUGGUAAACAGAUCAAAAUAAAGGAGUUGAAAGGAUAUGAACCGCUUGCUCCUUUUCUUUUUUGUGCAUAAUGAUUCAUCAUUUAAUGAUUUUUUGACCAGUAAGUGAGUUUAUUAAACCAAUCCUGAAA